GAUUGUGGUUCUGGGGGAGACAUCUCCCAGUCAGGCCGCCACGCUGACCAUUCCACGCUGCGCCGCCUCUCCUCCAUUCUUCUUCGGUUUCCUCGGGGAGUCAAGCCCAAGCCUCCAAACCGAGAGGGGGAGAGAGCGGUAGAGACGAGGAGAGGUAAAAAAAUUAAAAAUAAAACUAAAGCCUUUAAAAUAACCGAAAAGGAGUAGCAGCAGUAGUAGAAGGGCUAGAAGAGCUACGAGAGAGAGAGAGAGAGAAAAGGAGAAGAGAAAAAGACGUUGAUCGAUCGAUCCCCGACUCACAUUUCACGGGCUUCCAUCUCCCAAGCCCUCGCCUUUUUCUCCUCUCCCCUCUUUUCCCCCUUCCUUUCCCCCAGAUCCAGCGCCUUCUCCCCCUCCCCAUGCCCCCGUCCUCCUUCCCCCACUUCUGAAUUCUAGACGUCACAGAGAGAGAGAGGCGAAGAGAGGGAGAGAAAGAGGUUGGUGGCGACGGGGAAGAUGGAGAUGGGGUCGGGCUCCGGGGAGGGGCACAUCAAGGGCGUGCCCACCCACGGCGGCCGCUACGUGCAGUACAAUGUGUACGGAAACCUCUUCGAGGUCACCUCCAAGUACGUCCCCCCGAUCCGGCCUGUCGGUCGUGGGGCGUACGGCAUUGUUUGUGCUGCUAUGAAUUCACAGACACGAGAAGAGGUUGCGAUUAAGAAGAUCGGCAAUGCAUUUGAUAACCGGAUCGAUGCCAAACGGACUUUAAGAGAAAUAAAGCUUCUCCGUCACAUGGAUCAUGAAAAUGUUAUUGCAAUAAAGGAUAUCAUACGCCCUCCAAAAAGGGAAAACUUCAACGAUGUCUACAUUGUUUAUGAAUUAAUGGACACCGAUCUUCAUCAGAUAAUUCGCUCCAAUCAGCCAUUGACUGAUGACCAUUGCCAGUAUUUCCUUUAUCAGUUACUUCGUGGGCUGAAAUACGUGCAUUCAGCACAUGUCUUGCACCGAGACCUUAAGCCUAGCAAUUUGCUCCUGAAUGCAAAUUGUGACCUUAAGAUAGGAGAUUUUGGACUGGCUAGGACAACUUCUGAAACUGACUUCAUGACGGAGUAUGUCGUCACUCGAUGGUACCGGGCACCAGAGUUGCUUCUUAAUUGUUCAGAGUAUACUGCUGCUAUUGAUAUUUGGUCAGUCGGAUGCAUACUUGGUGAAAUCGUGACUCGAGAGCCACUAUUUCCUGGAAAAGACUAUGUUCAUCAGUUAAGGCUGAUAACUGAGCUAAUAGGUUCACCGGAUGACUCGAGCCUUGGGUUUCUUCGAAGUGAUAAUGCCCGAAGGUAUGUGAGGCAGCUCCCUCAAUACCCAAGGCAACCAUUCCAGGCUAGGUUUCCGACCAUGUCUAGUGGAGCUGUUAAUUUACUAGAGAGAAUGCUGGUGUUCGAUCCGAGCAAGAGAAUUACAGUUGAUGAGGCUCUCCAUCACCCUUACCUGGCAUCUCUUCAUGAUAUUAAUGAUGAACCUGUCUGCCCGGCUCCGUUCAGUUUUGAUUUUGAACAGCCAUCAUUUACUGAAGAAGACAUUAAAGAACUCAUCUGGAGGGAAUCUUUGAAAUUCAAUCCAGAUCCAAUGCACUAGGAAAUUUUCAUGUAUGUGGUAUAUGUUGCUGAAGGUAAUUUAUAGUAUUUGUUACUGUGCCCUUUGAAUCAAAAUUUCAGCCCCAAUAGAUAACAAGAUGGGCGAGUAGCCUGAAGCCACAAGAAGCCAUCUGCCCAUUCUACUUCUAGCCUGUCAUAUUAUGAGUUUGAAGUUGAUCCAGAGAAUGAGACAAUAAAGGUGACUUCAUAUUUCAAAACAAAAUACAUGUUUUAUGUAGGCCUGUGCUUGGGAACUUUCAUUUGAGAAACAGAUACUGGUUGUGUUAAAAUUAUGUGGAAAUGUGAUGUGCCAUGUUUGUCAGCCACUGUUCAGCAAAUAUCAUUAAUCUAUGGUCUUUUAAAAGAUUUUAU